AUAACACAGUUAGAGCUUAUUUUGCAAACAUAAAUUAUAACUUGUAUAUAAUUAAACCUAUAUAGUUCUACAGCAACGAAUGGACAAAUUAUGCUGAUGGUACAUUCCGCACAGUCGAGUUGUGUAUUUAGUUUUAUUUUCCUUAAUAAAAUUCUUUACUUCUUUGUUAAUUUAACACACAACGCAGUAAAUAUGUAUCAAGUCGUGCUUGUAUUAGCUUUAGUAGUAUAUAGUAUAGAAGCUAAAAAUUUAUUGGAUAAAGAAGCUAAUAUUGAAGAUUAUAAAAAUGAAAACGAUGGCCUCGGAAACUACUUUUUUCGAUUUGUUACAUCAAAUGGUAUAACAAGAGAGGAAACUGGUCGCCUUGUUAACUCCGGUCAAUCAGACGAGCAUAUUGCUGUCGAAGGAUUCUAUACGUACAGUGACAAUGAUGGAAUCUUGCGCACGGUUAAUUACAAAGCUGACUCAAAUGGUUACGUCAUUAUUUCACCUGCAUUGCCUCAAUUGCCAGCUGCACCAGUACCAGCAUCUGUCGUCGCUUCUUUAUUGGGGAAAUAAGGGAUAUUAAGGACAAUGUACACAAGUGAUUCUAUAAUUUGUUUGUAAACACAAGUUUUUUAAAACAUUUCAGGGCUAUAAUACAGUAGUGUAAUCAGAGUUUUUCUUGAGAUUGUGACGUAUUACCUACAUGGUUUUUAUUUGUAGUAAUUAAUUAUAGGUAACAUAGAUUUAUGACGUUAAUGGAAAACAUGAAGUAAAUUAGUGAAUUGAUACACUAUCAUUAAAUACAUAAUAGGAAUAGUUUUUGCAUUGUUCAUGUAAAAACUACCUUAUGGUAUUCAUUCAAUUAUACAAAUAAUAAAAAUCCCAAUCAAAAUCAAGUUU